AUGCCUCCACAGUCAGAGUAUAUGAGCGACGUCUGGAAAGAUGGAAUCUUUGCAAACAAGGUUGUUUUCUGUACCGGUGGUGCGGGGACUAUUUGCAGUGCCCAGAUCCGGGCUUUAGUGCAUCUAGGAGCCAACGCAUGUAUCAUUGGCAGAAAUGUUGAGAAGACUGAAAGUGUCGCCAAAGAGAUUGCAACAAUUCGCACCGGCGCUAAAGUCAUCGGUAUCGGCGCGGUGGAUGUUCGAAAGUUCGAUAGCUUGAAAAGCGCCACCGAGCGCUGUGUCAAAGAGCUCGGUGCCAUUGAUUUUGUGAUUGCUGGUGCGGCGGGCAACUUCUUGGCCUCCAUUGAGCAACUCUCAGUCAAUGCCUUCAAGUCGGUCAUGGAUAUUGAUGUCAUUGGGUCGUACAACACUUUGAAGGCGACUUUGCCAUAUCUCACUCAGUCUGGAAGCAAGCAUAGAAUGGAUUUGGAGUCUUUGAAACCCUCGCCGAUUGGCACUGGCGGUCGUAUCAUCUUCAUCAGCGCCACUCUUCACUACCGGGGUAUGCCAUUUCAGACCCAUGUCUCAGUUGCAAAGGCAGGUAUCGACUCUUUGUCUAACUCGGUGGCUAUUGAAUACGGCCCUCGCGGCAUCACUUCUAAUAUCAUCGCUCCUGGCCCCAUCGCACAAACAGAGGGUAUGGAGCGCCUGCUUCCCUCAGAUGCUAAAUCUGCCUACGCCAAGGCACAGCCCCUCGGCCGCUUUGGACAUGUUCGUGACAUUGCGGAUGCCACUAUCUACCUAUUUUCUGAGUCCGGAAGCUAUGUCACAGGCCAGACAUUAGUUGUGGACGGUGCAAACUGGCGUACUUCAGAAGGCAUGGGUACAAGUGCUACUAUGAAAUAUCCAGACUUCCUUUUGUCUGGUCAGGAGGUCGCCAAUGUUACUGGUAAGAAGUCGAAGCUUUGA